GUGCGCCUAGCCGGAAGCUUACUGCGUAACACGUGAGAGAAGAGUCCGAGCUCCGACAAAAUUAGUGCAUCAUGGGUAGAAAAUUGGACCCCCUGAGAAAGGUGCCCCGAGGACCUGGUCGAAAAGCCAAGAAACAACCAGGAGCUGAAAAUGAAUUGAGUAAAAUCCUUUCGGAGGACUCAGAAGUGAAGCGCAUGUCCAGCCGCGGUAGGAAGAGAGCAGCUAAACGGCGGCAGUCGGGGGAAACAACAGCUACUGCAAAAGGGAAGGCAAAACAGAAUGGUGCGGCCCCGGGCAUCGCUAAGAAAAAUGUCCCCGGAUUCACCGAUGAGAAUUCCGAGUGGUUGAAACCAGUGAAGCGACCGAGGAAGGAGGAAGCGAUGUCAAGCGAGGAGGAGACGGAGGGAGAGGAGGACAAAGAGCAAAGCGAGGAGGAAAGGGAAGAAAAUGCGGAGAAGGAGCAGAGUGAGGAAGAAGAGGAGAGCGAUGAAGAGGAGAAGGAGCAGAGCGAGGGAGAUGAGGAGGAGACGACCGCAGGACUCCUGUCUAUGUCAGAUAGUGAUGAUCUACAGGAUGAUUUUGGAACGUCAUCAGAAGAGGAAGGAGAAGAUCUUCUUCCAAUAGAGAGAGACUCUGCAAAGUUGAGAAAGAAGCAGAAAAGUGAAAAAGCCAAAGACAAAGAGGAGUCAAAAAUUCAGCUAAACACUGAUUCAGAGGAAGUCUUUCACUUGCCAACCCCCGAGGAGCUGGAGAAAGAAUUGUCCAGCGCGCCGGAUCUCACCGCGGUGCAGGAACGCAUUAAGGAUGUGGUGGGAGUGCUGCAGGAUUUCAGCCAGCGGGGGGGACCCCAUUCGCGUCAGGAUUAUCUCACUGUGCUGAGGAAAGAUCUCGGCACUUACUACAGUUAUGGAGACUACAUGCUCCAGACCCUGAGCGACCUGUUCCCGGUAUCGGAGCUAGUUGAUUUUUUGGAGGCCUGUGAAGUGCACCGUCCGGUCACCAUUAGGACCAACACGUUAAAGACCCGCAGGAGAGACCUAGCGCAGGCUCUAAUCAACCGAGGAGUAAAUUUGGAUCCGCUGGGGAAAUGGUCCAAAACCGGGCUUGUCAUUUAUGAUUCGUCUGUUCCCGUUGGUGCCACCCCUGAAUACCUGGCUGGACAUUACAUGUUACAGGGGGGGUCCAGUUUGCUGCCAGUCAUGGCUCUGGCUCCGCAGGAGAACGAGAGGGUCCUGGAUAUGUGCUGCGCUCCGGGCGGAAAGACCAGCUACAUUGCCCAGCUAAUGAAGAACACCGGUGUGAUCGUCGCCAACGACGUCAACGCAGAGCGCCUCAGGAGCGUGGUGGGGAAUCUGCACAGACUUGGGGUUACGAACUCCGUCAUCUGCAAUUACGAUGGACGGCAGAUCCCUAAGGUGCUGGGUGGGUUUGAUCGCGUUCUCCUGGAUGCCCCCUGCAGCGGCACCGGAGUCAUCAGCAAAGACCCCGCUGUGAAAACCAACAAGAGCGUACAGGACGUCCAGCGCUGCGCCCACAUACAAAAGGAGCUCAUUCUCAGCGCCAUCGAUUGCUUGGACGCCCAGUCUGCCUCCGGCGGAUUCCUUAUCUACUGCACCUGCUCCAUCACGGUGGAGGAGAAUGAGUGCGUGGUGGACUAUGCCUUAAAGAAACGGAAUGUAAAGCUCGUGCCCACCGGCCUGGACUUCGGAAAAGAGGGCUUUGUAAGGUUUAAGGAGCGCCGGUUUCACCAGUCCCUGCGUCUGGCCCGUCGGUUCUAUCCGCACACCCAUAACAUGGACGGGUUCUUUAUUGCGAAACUCCGCAAAUUCUCGAACACCAUCCCAGCCGCAAACAAAGCGACCGAAGAACAACCAACAGAGACCCCGACCUCGACCCCCACCCCCAGCCCUGCCAAACCCAGUGAAGGGAAGGGGGAAAAAGCGGCCAAAAAAGAGAAGAAAAAGAAAAUCCUCGCAAAAAAACUAAAAGGAAUGCAGAAGAAAAAGAAAAUCCCCGCAAAAACAAAAGGAAUGCAGAAGAAAAAGAACAGCAAAUAGAACCCCCUUUCCCGUGCUCAUCAUAUAUACAGGGCUGGGGUGCCACAAACCACCACAUGGACUGGACUAUGAUGCCCUGGAUAGACAGGACUCUGAUACCCUCCAGACCAUCACAUAGAAGAGACGGCGACGCUCUGCGGACCCCCACGCAGAAGGGACUGCGGUCCACCGCAGAGAGCUGGCUGUUUUCCUUUGCAGGGUGUGAUGCUCUGCGGUUACGUUGUAUCCCUUGUAGGGUGUGAAGCUGUUCUGCGGGUCACGUUCCAUUCUCUGUAAUAACCGUUCUUGUGAUCUUUUUAUGAUAAAAUGAAUAUAAAAAGGA